UAUAAAAGCCAGGGAUCUGCAGCAUCACUGAGCUGGUGCAGUGCAAAACGCCCGCUCAUCCUCACCGAUGGUGUGCAGAACAAGGGGGACAUAAAAAAACCUUCUGAAACUAAAAACAUCCACAUCCUUUUCUUAAACAAACUAAAAAAUCCACAACAAAAAAUUCAUCAUGAGCUACGAUACCUUCUUCUCCUACCGCCGCCCUUGGGACAGCUACAGAGGCUCCCAAACCACCACCAAAGCCACCAUGUCUUCCUCCCUCUACUCUUCUCCUCGAGGUCCUCCGUCUGGGAAGAGGAUCCUGAGGCUGGUCUCCUCUUCCCUGCCAGACGGGUCUGAGCGGAUGGACCUGGCUCAGGCCAGCUCUCUCAACACAGAGCUGCUGGGCCUGCGCUCCCAGGAGAGGGAGCAGCUAGUGGACCUGAACGACCGCUUCGCCACCUACAUCGAGAAGGUGAGGCACCUGGAGCUGCAGAACCGAGCCCUGCUGGCCGAGCUGGAGGCGCUGAGGCGGCGGCAGAACGACCCGUCCCGUCUGCAGAUGCUGUACGAGGGGCAGUCGCGAAGUUUGAGGGCCAUGAUCGACUCAGAGAACGGGGAGAAGAUGCGGAUGGAGGCAGAGAGAGACUACCUGCGUGAUGUGUAUGAGCAGAUGAAGGAGCGCUACGAGGAGGAGGCCAGGCGGCGUAUGGAUGCUGAGGACGCCCUGCAGAGGGCCAGGGAGGAGGCCAGCAGGGCCGUGCUCUCCAACUGUGACGCCGAGGCCACAGUGGUCUCUCUGUGUGAUGAGAUGGUGUUCCUGAAGAAAGUCUUUGCAGAGGAGCAGGCAGAGCUGAAGGCCCAGCUGCAGGUGGCUAACAUCAGCGUGGAUGUGGAGGUGUCCCGGCCUGACCUCUCCACCGCCCUGCGGGACAUCCGGGCGCAGUACGAGCGGCUGGCAAACAAGAACAUGCAGGCCGCCGAGGACUGGUACAAGAACAAAUUCGCGAGUGUGGCAGAGAUGGCCAGCAAAAACAACGAAGCUGUGCACGCCAUCCGGGAGGAGACCAUGGAGUACCGGAGGCUGCUUCAGUCACGCUCCUCUGAGAUCGAAUCUCUCCGGAACGUCAUCGACUCCAUCAACAAGCAGCUGGAGGAUCUGGAGGAGACGCAGGCCAAAGAGGUGGCAAAGUACCAGAUGAGGAUAAGUGAGCUGGAGCGGGACAUCACUGACGCCAAGCAGGAGAUGGCUCGUUACCUGAGAGAGUACCAAGACCUUCUCAAUGUGAAGAUGGCUCUUGACAUUGAAAUAGCUGCGUACAGGAAACUUCUGGAGGGGGAGGAGAUUCGUCUGGCUUACCCUUCCCUUCCCGCCCUAAACUAAAACCUAAAUGCCACCAGCCUGGCAUCGACCUGAAUUCUUCACACCCUUUCAUUCCUCCCCUGACCUGAACAUCAGCCCUCUCUCCCUCCAUCUCUCCUCCAACCCUCUGUCAUCUCCCCGCCCCAAAAUACUCCAUCCUUUACUCCUCCCAAGACAAAACCGCAAACCAAAGCUCACCUUCUCAAGACAGAUGCGCCCUUGUGCUAAACAAGAGGUCCACCAGAAGUCCCCCUUCUUCUACACACGUUCUGACACCACACAUCAAGAAGACUGCAAACAGUAAAUCGCUGAGUGGCUGCGCUGCAGUAGUGACAUAGUUACGUCGGACAGCAGUGUCGUUUUGGCUGAGUUCCUCUCUGUCACACACACGUUAAGGUCCAAGCAGCCAAGAGUUCCUAUUUGACUCCUCUGAACCUCACUGUCCAAACAUUUGACCAAUUGUUUGUGACGGAGGACUAAAACCCCUCUUACCUCUCCAUGCUUGGACUUUAUCUGUGUUUGAACUGAUGCAAGAAACCUGCAGCAUUAUUGAGCAGGAACUCUACCAAUCGAUCCUGCAUUGUCCUGCACCCCUGGUUCUCCAGUAGUCAAUGAACCAGUAACCUUAAAACUUUCUGUUCACUAUAUUAAAGACCCAUUUUUGUCUUUUAAGUUAUUCUUCCUCUGCAUUUACACAAAUACUACGCGUUUUGGUUGGUUGAAAAACCAGAGUGGCUUUGGGUCUUUCUAUUUGGCCAGUUAUUUAAAUUCCUAAUUUCUAAUAAAAGUGUCUUUUCUUGCGUAAGCUUCUGGACAUGUAAAUGCUGUGGAAGACGACUUGUUACUGGUUUCUCCUUCUAUUCAUGCAGUGUGUCUCACAGCUUAUCUGCAUUAGAUUUGUUUUCUGUUCUGUGAGUUCAUUCAAACCUAAACGACGAAACAGAAAGAUAAGUGCAGGAGCUCCUUGUUGUUUGUCUGCUGACGUUAGAUCUAAAUGGUGCUUUACAUCUGUGAAACUAAGUCUGCACCAUCACACUCGCUGUAGCUGUGACGGCCGACAACAAGCUGAAUAAAUAUAUAACUGACCUGCAAAUCA